AUGCGGGAUCAGCAGCACGACGAGGAACGCCAUCAGCAACCAGAGAAGGCCCCCGACAACCAGCACCAAGAGCUGUCACAUCACGGUGAGACCCCGCGGAGGAUUCAGAAUAGAAGUUCCAGCAGAGAAACAGCACUAGGAGAAGAAUCGUCCCAGGUUAGCAAUUCCCCGUAUCAGUUCCGUGCUGAGACACUGGCCUUGUUUGCACCUUCUAUGAGCACGCCGCCAAACAGGAGAAACGAUGUAGAUCAGAAGGCUGAGUGGAGGGCCCGGUGUACAGAGGCAUCCGAAAUAAUCCAUUCGACGUCACUGGAAAUGAAGCAGCUGAGGGACUGUACAAGCAAACCCACGCCAGCCCCGCAAGUGACGCAGCAACAGCGCGAGACAUCUUUUCACGUUUCUUUGGAUUCUACUGCCCGUAGACACCAAUCAGGGUAUACACAAGCGAUGUGCUCUCAGCAGCAACGGCAGCUGCAUAUGCAUCGAGGGGGUCGGCAGUUACCCGAGUCUCAAGGAGAAAACAAGGUUUCUUAUGAGGGGAGUGCCGCUAAUGCGGUCCCCAAUCCGGCUGCGCCUGAUAAUAUUAUUUGCCCCCCUUCUUGCUCCGUGGUUGCCCCAGUACCCUUUUUACGCAGGCAGCUAGAUGAACAGCUGGCAGACGAACGCUCUUCUGCGGGGCAGCAAAUCCAAGGGUCUCUUAGUACAACCAGCGAUACAGGUCAGGGUUAUCCCUGCAUUUCUUGUGGUCAUGUUGCGGAGUUGCUAGCCACCCAAAACCGUCCGCAGGAUACUUCAGAGCAUCCGGCACAGGUUCCAGCACAAAGUGAGUCACGCCGUUCUCCGACAAAAAGCUGUAGAGGCAGGAAACGAAGAGAUUGCUGCGACAUAAUAGAGCUGGGAACCCAAGCGGAGCCUCUGGAGCCACUGAAUCCACACGACUGCAGUAAGCAUGCGGCAGCGGACUCUUUGGAUGGGGUCCUUGCAUCCUUUGGCGACACCUCCGAACCCCGCCAUGCGAAUCAUAUCCUUGAGUACGCUCCUUUGCUUAUGGCCAAAGUGCUUCAAUUACUACCUGCUGCAUCCGCAGCAGCAUUCGGGUCGACCUGUAAGGCAGCUCGUCGGGUUCUUCUUUCCUAUUGCUGCAUUUUAUCCCUUUCUGCACGGAACGUUUCGUCCAUCUUGUCGUUGCCUGAAGCUGCGAUGAAACGGCUACUACCCCUUCUGUCAGGCCUUAGAUCCCUGGAGGUGGAGCUUACCUCCGCUGUAUACCCGCCGCUUAUCCUGGGUAAUGCCACUGUUGCCAUAACAACAGCCGCCACAGGAGGGGAGAGUCCUAGACCCCUAGAGGUUGGAGAUGAGAGGGAUAGGCAGGAGCGUAACAGCUUAGGUGAGCAAACAAACAAUCCUAGAUUGCCAGGCAUAGAGCGGAGGCAACAGCAAACCCAGCAGGGAAGUAUGAACAGCACUCGACAACAUCCUUCUGUGCAUCCAGAAGGAGAAAGAGGAGACGCUUUAUUAACACAACCUGAGAGAUCUUCUGGGGACGCUUGCGUUUCUCACCUCUCUUGGGUGUACGGACGACAUCACCAGAGGGUCCUUGAUUUGCUGCGCUUGCAAUCCACCGCUUGUGGCGAAUUAACUGGAGUGUCAGCAGAGACAAAAGGGGUUUCUAGUGCAACACACUCAGCAUUCUGUCCUUGGACCACCUACACUGCAGCCAAUGCAUCGCCCCUCUUCAGCUCACUCAGGCACCUAAAGUCUGUAACCGCUAAACUAAAACUGUCGUCUACAGGAGCCCCUGGGGAGCAUCACGCUGCGACAGAGUUGCUGCUCCUAUUACAGCAGCUGCUGCACAUGAAUGCUUAUUCCCUUGCCUCUAUCAAAAUAUCGGUCGAUCUUUCUGCCUCUUCACCAGCGUGGCGUCACAUCCCUCCGUUAUUGCUACCACCUUCUCUCCCUGUUCUCAAGUCUCUUCAUAUAGACUUUCCCUUUCAAGUUCCCUCCACUCUCUCAAUCUCUCUCGGUUUCUCAUCUCUAUCAAUUCAUUCUGCACACAGACUGAUGCUCAUGAAAACAGACACGGUGUGGCGAGAACCCAGGACCCCUGGGGUUGCACCUUAUCCAUGUUGCCCUAGAACUGGCCAGGCUGGAAGUGGCAGUGCUGAGAAUUUUGCGAUGACUAACUCCUGCUUUACUGAUAUGCCAAUCACUGGCAACGUUAGAGUGUGUGAGAUCGAUGAUCCUGGUUUUGAGACGCUAAAGGCGCAAAUGGGGGAAGCAGCCCCCGCAGCAUCUGCUGAGCCUGUUGAAGGAGUUCAGGCUACCGCUUCUGCACGUACUACCGAAGUUAAUGCUGCUGCCGGCUCUAUGGUGGUGGCACUCCUCCUCCUGAGCGAAAGCUGCAUGGCCUCCGUGCACCCGGAUGGGGGUUUGUGCUUUAUUCGACGCAAGGGUGCUCCCUCAGCUAGUCGCACCAGACCACUCGGCGGAAGUGCCGGCCCCUCGCCGUUCUCUGGUCAGGCCAUUGCCUUCUUGAGAAGGGGAGCCUCCCUUCUCACUGAGCUCUCCAGUGCGAGCAGAAGCCCCUUCGUGUACAGAAUGCCACCGAGCGAACUACAUGAUACCCACGAGGAACCUCGAUCUGAGAAUUCUCUUGCACAAUUAAGCUUGAUAGCUACAGGGCACCAACAGCAGCAAGAGCAAAGGCACGAGCUCCAGCCGCCACGAAGAUAUACUAGCUCUCUUAGGGGCAGUCAGGCUCCUCGUAGAGUCAGGCCUUCCAGCAACGUUGGCACGCAGCAGCAACAAGAUGAUAGGGCAACACAGGAGGUGUUAGUCAGAGCCCUGCAGCAUAUCCUUGGAGUCGGAGCCGAAAGUUUACAACUGCUGGACAUAGAUGGGGAAGUGCGACACUUUUCGGUUUUGUACGAACAGCUUAACUUUAAAUGCCUACGCCGCCUCUCCCUCGGGUGGACCAUCACACCCGAACUGCAACAGUUGCUUUAUCUGUUCAGCAGAAGAAAGCUGCGGUCCUUACAAAAGCUCAACUUCAAUGGCCCAGCUCAAAUCCAUCCAGAAGCAUAUAUACACAUACAUCAUGCAAGUAGUGCAUCCGACAACAGCAGAAGCCGCAUGUCGGCUGAGCCAUAUGCAGCUCCGUUAGACGAAGCAACUUUGAGACGCAGCGCCGGGCUCAACAAUUACGGGCUGGGUCAGAUACAUCUACAGCUAUACGCUCUUCUCAACUGCGGAGCGUGCAGUGUUUCGCAAAUAGACUAUGCUCGGCAGCAGCUGUUACAGCAGCAACUGAUAAUGAUCAGCAACAACAAAAACAUUAAGGGCAUACUGAGUCAGAUAUCCAGCCAGCAAGAUCCACUUUGUCUAGACGAGCUAGAUAUUUCAAGAUCCGCGAAGCAUGAAAGUAACGCAAAACCCCGCGAAUUUUCUGAAGAAACACAGCAGCUCCAGGGCCAGCCUACAGGGGGCCCUGCUACUCCGGGAGUACCCACUCAAGCAAAUAGGGCUGCAUUUCAGGAACUGCGUAUGCAGCAUGUGAAUCACUGCAAUAGCGUAUCUACACUGGAAUUCAGUGACGCGCCAAUGCCCACAGAAGAUGUCGGCUCCAUCGGGAUGGAAAACAUGCGCGGAAGCUCCUGCCGUCAUAGAGCGCAACAGGCAGGGUCUUGGUUGUGGCGUGCCAUCCCUUCGUCACUGCGAGGCCUAGCUGGAUCUCGAGGCAACUCCACCGUGGUCUGCAACUUAUCUGCGCAAUCUGACCUACAAGGUUCUGAGAAGGCUCGAAAUGAAUCCCACAUAGAAACUCAAUGCCUUAUGUCGCUUCCAGAGACUGUCCCUAGCGCUUCUUUUCUCAAAAACCCUUCUUCAGAGGCUCUCAAGCAGGAACUCCUACCAAAAUUAGCUAUGCAAAAACAAAGAGACAGGCCCAGCCCACGCAGGAGAAGGCCAUCGCUCAGUGGGGAAAGUCAGUGUGACCACCCGGAUUCAGCAAGUCCACUUAUGGAAGCGCACACUGGGCGGCCCCGUCCAAAGAGGCGGAGGCUGGUGGAAACAGCUCUGGAAGCAGCAAAAGGUUCAGGAAAAGCUAGGCUUGAAAAUCUUCGGAGACAUGUUGCUGCGCUUGCCCGGGAACAUCUCCCUCUGCUAGGCGACCUCAUUUCUCCAUACCUCGAUGCACAGACCCCCACAGCAGGAGGCCAAAAUUUGGGGGCAGCCUCUACCGAAUCUCUCCCUACUGUUGCUGCUAAGAUGCGAAGUGACCGGAAGCACGCACAACUGCAGGUAUUGAAGGGGAUCUCCUCGUUCUUGCUGGACGCUGCGGGCGAAAGCCUUGGGCGGAUGUUAGUGGGUGCUGACAGCACCACCUGCACCUCCAGCCAUGGCACCAGUCUGGCUCUCGGCUUGCAUCCAUCGCACCCUUCCUGCUUAUCAUUUCCUUCCCCGUGCAUUGAUCCCUCCCAGGGACUCAUUCUUACUGAAGCACCUGCUAAAGCCGCUCUCCGUUCACAGCAGCCGUUACAGCGAGAGCUUGACCACCAUCACGAGGAGGAUGAUGCAUUCUCUUUGUUGCGCCUACUACAGCAUCCUUCUCCAUCUCGCUCCAGCUGGUCUCACGGAGUUUUCUUCAAGUAUGCAUUUGUUGACCUUGAUUUUGAAUGCCUUGCCACGUUUAGGAUUUGCCUGUGCCACCAUCCUUUGUUCAUUUUCUACAAGGAACAUGAAAAAGGGCUUCACGUGCUACAUGUCGAUGGUGUCUUCAAUGCCGCCACAGAGAGCACCCAGGAGAAAAGGGAACUUUGGAGGGAAAGGUUAUCCUACACCUACGUCGGCGACCCUGCAGUUCCCUUUGAGCAUCAGCAACAACGUCAACAGCAUCAACAGGAGAGUCGGCGCCACCAUACCUCCGUAAACGUGAUGCAGUCUCUUGAGGCCUUCGGUCGAGACUUACCUUCUUCAUCAGAUGCUCUUCGUAGGGCAGGCAACGGAUCUUCUAGUAGGCGGGCACAUGCACAAGCGGGUCCGACUAUCGGAAGUCGAAAUGACGGAAGCAUUCUUCUGCUCCCUCUUGGAUCGACUACCGCACGCAAUUUCCCACUACUGCCAAGUCCGCAUUCUCCAAAGGAGGGGGAGAUAAGGCUUUGCUCUGCAAGGGCCAGACUCACUCAUACGCCCAAAGCCUUGCCUCGAGCAGAGGAGGAAAUAACGGCUGCUUUGCUGCCACACGUAGGGCCUCAAAUGACAGGGUACGACCUCUUUUGCUUGGAGAUGUGGUCUGUUCCCUCACUUUGUCGGGACCAAGUAUCUCCACCAACCCUUUCCCAGCAUGUGCGGGCGCUCAGGCGACUGUGGGUAGACACACUCACUCAGCAGCAACGGGAUAUAUACAAUAAUAUAAUAACACCCAAAUACAUUGCACGCCGACUCAAGGCUCCUGACCUUACAUUUGAGGCUCUUCCACCCUGGUGGCAACAGCAGUGCCAUCAGCCCAGUCGCAGACGCUCAAGAGGAGCAGACAAACUCUGCCCAAGUGUAGAACGGGGUCCUCCAGACACGCCUCCAACAACCGCCUGGUGGAAGUCGAUCUGGCAGAAACCCACACAUGACCGUCCUAAGCCCCCUUCAGGGAUCCCUAUUGAUCAAGGACUACAUGGCAGCUUCUCUACCGUCUACACACAUGCAUCGGCAGCAGCGGUGGUAGCUGCAGCCGCUGCCUUUUACAGCCGAACUAUGUUCUGUACUGCAUUAUCCAGUGCUUUGUCGACGUUGUUGCCGAGUUCUUACGCUCCGCCUGGAGUAGCCGUCUGUGAUUACGCCUUCUCUGGGCAGGCAACUGGUCCAGAAUAUUGGCUGCUGCUCGAAGUGUCUGCUAUACCUGCAGGGCUUAUUCCACUGCUGUAG